AUGACUGACGACACCCCACCGACGGCCCAAUCUGCCACAUACCCACCCAACCCAGCCACAAACUCCAAUUCCAACUCAAACUCCCCUCCCACCAAUCCAACACAAGCACUACAAUCACAACCUCAACCGCAAGACUCUCUCCCUCCAACAAUACCACAACCAACAAUGGCCAAUGACCCAUCAAACUUGCCUACAGCCGGCACAGCGACCGGAGCAGCAGGUACCCCGACCGCAGACCCAAUGACAUCCGCCACAAAUGCGACCCCUGUGCGGCCCGGAGGCGCGCCUGCCCGGGUGUACAUGAAUGAGAAGAUCGUGCCGUAUUUGCUUGAGGGGAUGAAGAACGUUACGAAGGAGCAACCCGCGAACCCACUGCGCGUGCUGGGAGAAUACCUUAUCCAAAAGAGUAACGAAGUUGAAGGCGCGCAAUCUGGCAAGGCGCCGGAGUAG